AUGAACGCGGAGCAUUUUGUCAAAUUCUUACAGUUCUUCCAGUCCCAUGUGCAUGCCUCCGUCGACGAUCCAGUUUUACUGAUACUCGACAAUCACGAAUCACAUUCGUCCAUCGCUGGUCUCAACUAUUGUAAAGCGAAUGGAAUCAUUGUCCUAUCAUCACCGCCGCAUUGUUCGCAUAAGCUGCAACCGCUGAAACGCACCAUCUACGACCCGUUAAAGAAAUGUGUAAACGCACAGUGCGAUAACUGGAUGACGUCGAAUCCUGGUAGGACAAUGACGAUGUACGACAUCCCCGGAAUCGUGGCUAAGGCACUACCACUUGUCGUAACGUAUCAAAAUAUUGUGUCCGGGUUUGAAUGCACUGAAAUUUCUCCAUUCAACCCGGACAUUUUCCAGGAAUAUGAAUUUUUGACGAACAGCGUUACGGAUAGGGAGUACCCUUUUACUUUCGUUGAUCCCGAAAAAGUCUACCUCAACGCAACCGACUCGGACGCAGCCGAUCAGAAGACAAAGUCGAUCCCAUGGCUUUAUCCAUGUCUCAUUAUGGUGAUACAUUGUGGGGGAACUUGA